AUGAAUGGUGACAGGGUCCACUUCUACACAGACAACCAGAGGGUCUUCCUGGGCCCCCGAGGGCUGGACUCUGUGCCAGAGUCUCCUGCAUCCCCCAGGAGGCCAGGGCUUGUUCAGACCGGCAUGGCAGUUUUGGCUGUGACUCUCGUCUCCUCUCUGGUGGCUCUCUUUGUUGUGGAUCCCCACCACUCUGGCGGGGUGGCAGGGUUGCAAGAGACUAUCCAGAUGUUUAAAAGCCAUGUGGAGAAUUCCAGCACCUGGAGCACGGAGGUCCAGAUGUUGGCUUGCAGAGUGGACAAUGUCAGUUCUCAGAUCCAGGUGCUCAGCGGUCAUCUGGAAAACGCCAGUGCUGAAAUCCAGACGGUAAAAGACGUUCUAAAGGAUGCCAAUACCUUGAGUUUCCAGACCCAGAUCUUGAGGAGGUCCAUGGAGGGGGCCAGUGAGGAUAUCCAGAAGCUAAAAGGAGAUCUGGAAAAGGCAAAUGCUUUAAAUUCCCAGACCCACAGUUUCUUAAAAAGCAGUUUAGAAAACUCCAGCAUCGGUCUCCACAUGCUGAGUGGAGGCUUAGGAAAUGCCAACGCUGAAAUUGCGAUAUUGAAGGCAGGACUGAAAAUGGCAAAUGCCCAGGCCCAGUGGACAAACAGUAGUCUAAAGAAUGCUAAUGCUCAGAUCCAAGUUUUGAGAGGCCAACUGGCUGGUGUCAAUGACUUACGGGCCCAGAAUCAGAUUUUAAGAAGCAGUUUGGAAGGAGCCAAUGCUGAGAUCCAAAGGGUCAAGGGAAGCCUGCAAAAUGCCAAUGCUUUAAACUCCCAGAUGCAGACUUUUCUAAGAGGCAGUUUAGACAACACCAGCUCUGAGAUCGAGUUUUUAAGAGGUCAUUUCAAAAGGGCUGGUGAUGAGAUUCACUUGUUAAAAAGAGAUUUGGAAACUGUCACUGCCCAGACCCAAGUCACAAGCAACCGUCUGGAGCAGACAGAUGCUCAGAUCCAAUUAUUAAAAACAGAGCUUGAAAAUGUCAGUGCCUUAGAUUCCAAGACUCAGGUAUUAAAUGGUUAUUUGAAAAAUGCCAGCAGAGAGAUACAGACCCUAAAACAAGGGAUGAAAACUGCUGCAGCCCUAGGUACUAAGAUCCAGAUGCUAGAGAGCAAUCUGCAGAAGGCCAGUGCUGAGAUCCAGAGGUUAGAAGCAGAUUUAGAGAACACCAAAACACUAACUAUGAAAAUCCAGGAGGAGAAGAGUUGCCUGGAGACAGUCCAUGUGGCCCUUGUUUCCCAGGAGCAGCUACAGAGGACCCAAAAUCAGCUUCUUCAACUGAUCCUGCAAGGCUGGAAAGUCUACGGCGAGAGCUUGUAUUACUUUUCUCACGUCAAGAAGUCUUGGCACGAGGCUGAGCAGUUCUGUGUGUCCCAGGGAGCCCACCUAGCCUCGGUGACUUCUGAGGAGGAGCAGGCGUUUCUGGUAAGGUUCACGAGUACCUCUUACCACUGGAUUGGCCUCACAGAUGGGAGUGAGGAGGGCUCCUGGCGCUGGGUGGACGGGACACCAUUCAAUGUUGCCCAGAGCAGAGCGUGA